AUGAGCGGGCUGCGGCGGCUGUUCCGCGGCAGCGGGCGGGCCCUGGCCUUCGUAUUCGCCGCCUCGGUCGCCUGGGUGCUGCUCGACAUGGCCGCGCUCCGCCUCUCCCUCGGCGAGGCGGGCGGGCGGCUGCUGCGGGAGGCGGGGCAGAAGCAGGGGCAGGAGCGGGCGCGGCCCCGGCGCGGCCCCGAGGCGCCGCCGGGCACGGUCCAGCUGCCCCCGAGCCCCCCACUCGCCGCCCCCGCGGGCAGGGGCGCCGGGGGGGCACCGGCAGCGCCCGGGGCGCCGGCGAAGGCAGCGAGGGAGCCGGGACCGGGACCAGCCCCCGCCGGGCACGGGGCCGAGGUGCGGGGGGCAUCGCCGCCUCCCCGCCGGCCCCCGGCCCCCGCGCACAGCGAGCCCCCGCGGCCGGCCGGGCUCGGGGGGACGGGCACGGGGACACUCGGACACGCCGCCGACGGCAGCGAGCGGCGUCCCCCCGGUACGGCGGCACAGCCCGGCCUGGCAGCCCGGGCACCGGGAGCGGGCGCCCAGCCUGGACCAGAGGAAACAGACACGGGACAGAAGGAAACUUCCUCCAGAACUCGCUCCAUCCUCAUUAGCAAAGAGGGGAAGAACUCCGCCAGCCCCGCAGUCCCGCCUCGCCGACCCCACUCUCCGGGGAACGCCACAGCGAGACGGGAAAAGCACAAACAACUUUUUAACGAGAACAGUGAUGGUGCCCACGCUGCGACUGCCACUGCCGGGGCCACCGCGCGGGGUGACCGGAACCGGGAGCUGGGUGCGGCACCAGGAGCAGCUCCCGGGGCGGCUGGCACUGAACAGAAUGGGCAGGAGCAGGCGGGAGCAGCUCUCAGAACGGCUGGCACGGGCCAGGACGGACAGGAGCAGGCGGGAGCAGCUCUCGGGGCGGUUGGCACUGGCCAGGACGGGCAGGAGCAGGCGGGUGGCAACCCGGGGAUGCACAGGGUCCUGUCUGUGGAUGCAACGCUUGCCCCGAGAGACCCCCGAGCUCCCGGCCAGUUUGGACAUGCUGUUGCAGUCCCCAACGAUAAACAAGAAGAAGCAAAAAGUAGAUGGAAAGAAGGAAACUUUAAUGUCUACCUCAGCGAUCUGAUCCCCGUGGACAGAGCCAUCGCGGACACCAGGCCUGCCGGGUGCUCCGAGCAGCGUGUCCACGACGACCUCCCGACCACCACCAUCAUCAUGUGCUUCGUGGAUGAAGUGUGGUCCACCCUGCUCCGCUCCGUGCACAGCGUCCUCAGCAGGUCCCCUCCACACCUGAUUGAGGAAGUCAUUUUGGUGGAUGACUUCAGCACUAAGGAGUACCUGAAGGAGCAGCUGGACACGUACAUGGCGCGGUUCCCAAAAGUGAAGAUCCUGCGGCUCAGGGAGAGGCACGGGCUGAUCCGGGCCAGGCUGGCGGGAGCAGAGAUCGCCAAAGGCACCGUCCUGACGUUCCUGGACUCACACGUGGAGUGCAACGUGGGCUGGCUGGAGCCACUGCUGGAGCGGGUCCGACUGCGCCGCACCAAGGUCGCCUGCCCCGUCAUCGAGGUCAUCAGCGACAAGGACAUGAGUUACAUGACCGUGGACAACUUCCAGCGUGGGAUUUUUACUUGGCCAAUGAAUUUUGGAUGGAGGCAGAUUCCACAAGAGGUCAUCGAGGCAAAUAAAAUCAAGGAGACUGAUAUAAUAAGGUGCCCCGUCAUGGCAGGUGGCCUGUUCUCCAUCGAUAAGAAGUAUUUUUUUGAGCUGGGAAUGUACGACCCAGGACUGGAUGUUUGGGGAGGGGAAAAUAUGGAGAUUUCAUUCAAGGUCUGGAUGUGCGGAGGAGAGAUCGAGAUUGUUCCCUGCUCCAGAGUUGGGCACAUUUUCAGGAAUGACAAUCCUUAUUCCUUCCCGAAAGACCGGGUGAGAACAGUGGAGCGGAACCUGGCCCGUGUGGCAGAGGUCUGGCUGGACGAGUACAAGGAGCUCUUCUACGGCCACGCUUACCACUUGGUCUUGAAAAACGUGGAUGUUGGAGACCUGACUCAACAAAUCCAGCUGCGAAAGAAGCUCCAGUGCAAAAGUUUCCGGUGGUACCUGGAGAACGUCUACCCAGACCUGGAAGCUCCCCUGGUUAAAGCCAGCGGGCUGCUCGUUAACAUGGCCCUGGCAGGAUGUGUCACUGUGGAAGGCCCCGCUCUGGCUUUUGAGGAGUGUGAUGUGAACAACACGAACCAGCACUUCAACUACACCUGGCUGAGGCUGAUCCAGCACGGGGAGCUCUGCCUCGCCCCCUCGGGCGUCCUGGGGGCCCUGGGCCUGCGCCGCUGCCAGGGCAGGAGCCGCAGCCUGGCCUGGCUCCACAGGUCCCUGGCCACCGUCCGGCCGGGGCUGAGCGACCACAUCAUCUCCGAGCACCAGCACCUCCCGCAGCCCUCUUGCUUGGAAGUGGAUCCCUCUUACAAAGCCCUGAGGGUGAAGGCCUGUGACUCCACAAACCCUUAUCAGAAGUGGCAGUUUGGCAAUUACCAUGUGGACUGAAGGGAGCCCAGUUGCACCAGGACUGCUGUGGUUCCAGCUGUGAGCUCAGCGAGGGCACACAGCUACCAAAGGGUGACAGUGGAAAUCCGUGAUUUAAUGCCAGCAUUUGGAGGGAGCAGAACACCAAGAGCAGCACCUCGAGUUUGACAGUGCCUGAACAGAUCGACCCAGUGCUCCCUCACUGUGGGAGACUUUGGCAAAAACUCACUUUCUGUAUUAUUAAAUGGAAAUGUUUUUU